UAGGAGCUUCAGCAUCAUGACCAAGGCUGUGGCGCCCCAGGCGAAAGCCCCCAAGUGGUACUCGGGUGACGAUGUGAAGCCCAAGGCUGCUCCUCAGAAGCACAACCCGACCAAGCUUCGGAGCACCAUCACUCCUGGCACGAUCCUGAUCCUCUUGUCGGGGCGCUUCCGCGGCAAGCGUGUGGUGUUCCUCAAGCAGCUCCCUUCGGGAACUCUGCUGGUCACUGGUCCGUACUCCGUGAACGGUGUGCCGAUGAGGCGCGUAAACCAGGCGUACGUGAUUGCUACAUCCAUGUCGGUGGACGUGUCGAAGGUAACUAUCCCCGCCGCGGACGACUCGUACUUCACGCGUGAGGAAGUGGCGACCAAGACUGACGAAGACCAGUUCUUCGAGCAGGGAGCCAAGAGCUCCACGGUGUCCGACAAGCGGAAGGCUGACCAGAAGACCGUCGACGCCGGUGUGUUGGCGGCCAUGACGAACCCGAUGCUGAAGGCAUACCUCAACGCGAAGUUCUCUCUUAAGAAGGGGGAUCGCCCGCACGAAAUGAUCUUCUAGGUUGUUUUUGGCAUUUGCUGGGGCUCCAUUAAUAUGAAAGCUUGACUUGAUUUUUUUUUUGUGGUUCCGACCUGGACAUUCACCAUGUCCCAUGUAGUUCCCAAGGCGUGAAGAUGAGCCUAUUCUGACGGCUGACAUGGGCGAGGGAUGUGUGCUGUCCUUUGUUCUGAGCCUUCCCAAUUCUCGACCAACAUGGACCGUCCGAGAAGGAACAUGUCACCUUCGAGGUUCACGCGAAACUAAAGCAACUACAUAACAGGU